AUGGUAGAGGUCUCGUUAACAGUAGGCAAAUUGGAUGCCUCAUUGGCGUUGUUGUUGACCAAAGACCAUCAUCUUAUUGAGUUCCCCACAAUUCUUUUGCCCACAGGCGUCAAGGCCGGCUCCAUUGUCAGCAUCAAAUGUGAGCAAGAUUCUCAAACAGAAAAAGAGGAGGCUAAGCAGUUCAAAGCCAUACAAGAUGAAAUCCUUAAUACUUUCGGUAAAAACUUACCCAAAAGUCCCGUGUUACGGAUCAAGAACGUCACCCAGACGUCGUGUGUGUUGGAGUGGGAACAAUUGGACUUGGGAACCGCUACCUUGAAGAACUUGUUUCUCUUCAAGGACGGCAAGAAGGUGGGUGCCAUUCCCCAACCGUUGACCAAUAGAACCACCAAGUUGUCGGGAUUGCCCAUCGACAAAACGUUUGAGUUUCAGUUGCGCUUGGACACCACGGCCGGGGUCUACGUGUCUGAAGUGUUGGAAGUUACCACUCACAAGAUGACCGAUUUAACAGGUAUCACUGUUUGUUUGGGGGAUAUAAGUGCCAAUGAGCAGUUUACAGUGGAAGAUAUCGAAAAGACGUUGGAGACCAUUGGUGCCCGUGUGCCGGCGCAGACUAAAAUCAGUGUUGAUACCACCCAUUUUAUUUGUACCAGAGAGAACAAACAGAAUUCUGAGUAUACCAAGGCGGGUGAGAUGAAUAUUCCUAUUAUCAGGCCCGAGUGGUUGAAGGCGUGUGAGCGGGAAAAGAGAAUCGUGGGAGUCAGAGAUUACUAUGUUAAGGAUUGUUCAUUGCCGGAUAUUUUUGCAAGGAAUUUCUGGAAUAAGGAGACGAAGGAUGGCUUGGUGGAGAAACAGCAUGACCCAUUACCGGAGCCUCCAAAGGAGACGGACGCUGUGCCUGAUACUGAAGCUGUACCUGAUACUGAAGCUGUACCUGAUACUGAAGCUGUGCCUGAUACUGAAGCUGUGACUGAUAAAGAAACUGUGCUUGAAGAGGUGCCUGAAACUAUUGCCGAGACCGUCGCAGAACACCCAGAAACCGAAAAAGAGGCUCCAGAGGUUGUCAAAGAGCUCGUUGAAGAGCCCAAAGAGCCCGUUGAAGAACCUAAAGAGCCGAUCGAACAUCCAGUCGCAACGCCAGAAGCAGCUGAAGUUUCUGUCUCCCAGCCAGUUAAAGUUACAGUCGAAGAAACUCCAGACACUCCCGAAGUGGCAGCCCCCGAAACUCCCGAAUUACCCCAGGAAGCCCCCGAAAUAGCUCCCGAUACCGACGACACCGACGACAUCGCCCCCAAUGAUGCAUCCCCCCCCACUGCUUCUCCCUCAAAAAAGCCCAAAAAGAAGAAGAACAAAAAGAAGAAAAACUAA